ACCGUGGCUCUAGCGGGAACAAGACGGAAAAGCGAUAACGACGAAACCGGGGCCGUGGCCGCUCUCAGAAGAUACCGUCGUCCUGUCGUCCUGUCAUUCUGCUGUCAUUCCCGCACGACUCUCGCUGGCAAUCGGUGGCGGCACUCUGAUAGCGGACGAGGGUUAGGUGUGCACAGUGUUGGUGUCAAUUAUCGACGUGUCAAACGUCGAGAACGCGCACUACGUGUUGGAGAAAUGGCGGCCGCUGGCGACGAGGACGUGUCCGGUCUCGACGAGCGCGUUAACAAGCUGAACAUCUCCGCGGUAAACGAUAAUGCGGAAAAAAGCGACACCGACAAUAACACAACGAAUGAUAAAACGUGCGCGACGUCCCCCAGACUCUGGGGUUUUGAAACGCGAGAGCUCUACAAGCUCGCGCUCAACUUCUACAAAGAGAAAGAAGGCAAGGCUGUUCAUCUUUCUUACGAGGACAAAUUGAAACUGGUGGCGUUUACUCAGCAAGUAACGCACGGCAAGUACACGGGUAAAAGUGCUACGCAAUUGGAUGUUUUUGAUUUCGAUGUGAUUGGAAGAGACAGACGCUCGGCAUGGCAAAAUUUAGGAGAUAUAUCCAAGGAACAGGCAAUGGAGGGUUUUAUAAUAUUGCUGGACAAACUGUGUCCGUUGUUCAGAACUGUGGUCGAGGCGCAAAAGAGAGACUUUGAGGAAAAAGAGCGAGUUAAGAAGAAGGAAGAAAUCAUGAGGCUGGAGGAGGAGAGAAAACUCAAGGAGCAGGAGGAAGAGAGAAAGAAGCAGGAGGAGGAAAGACUGAAGGAGGAAACCCAGAGGAGACAGAUUCAAGACGCUCUGAAUCAGCAAACGUAUUAUCAGUUCAAAGUGUACGCCGAACAGCAAUAUCCCGGCAAUCCGGAACAGCAGGCUAUUCUGAUCAGGCAACUGCAGGAACAACAUUAUCACCAGUAUAUGCAGCAAUUGCAUCAGAACCAAUUGGUGAUUGAGGAGCAGAUGAAGGACAAGGAUUGCAAGGACAUCGAACCCGAACAAGCAACGUGUAAAGAUGAGGACAAAGACGAUGACAAGGAUGAUGAAAACGAUGCGAAUGAUUCGAAUGAGAAUAUAAACGAUGAAGAUUCCGACGAUCUGGAGGAUUGGCCGCCCAUCGCUCCCGCGGAUCUGUGGACGAGAAAAGGUGUAGAAGAGUUCAAGCAGAUCAUCAGAAGAGAGGCGGGCGACGCUGUGAUCAAAGUCGGUCACGGUGAGAUUGUCACCGUGCGAGUGCCCACGCACGAGCACGGCACGUGUCUGUUUUGGGAGUUCGCGACGGACGGUUACGACAUUGGUUUUGGAGUGUAUUUCGAGUGGUCCAAGCCGGCGACGAAUCAGGUGUCUGUGCACAUAAGCGAAUCGGAGGACGAGGACGACGAAGACGAGGAGUACGAUAAUCAAGGAGAUCUGGAGAGCGGGUCGGUGAACGGCAAUCCUCGAAAUCCCGAACAUAGAAAGACCACACCACCAAUAAGCGUUAUAAUACCUGUAUAUAGGAGAGACUCUCAAGAGGAAAUUUAUGCUGGAAGUCAUCAGUAUCCGGGCGAGGGAGUAUAUCUUUUGAAGUUCGACAAUUCCUACUCGCUUUGGCGAAGUAAAACACUUUACUACCGAGUGUAUUACACACAUCAAGGUUUUACGAAGAAUAAUAAUUAGUAUGUACGUUAUAUAUAUAUAUAUAUAUAU